GCAUGUCAUUUGCACAUCACACUGUCACUGGAUGGGGUAGGCGCAGGCAGGCACACUGGAAAUGCACUAACAAGUUAUUAUUGCGCAAGUGGUCUGCGAAAUAGGAAACUCUGAAACUGAGGGAAGCAUGAAAGUGUGACUGGAUGGUAAUGCUUAAAUCAGAAAACGUGGGGCUCCGUGUUGGAGUGCUGCACUGAUGAUUUGAACACAGUUUGUAGCAGUUACACUGGUUUCUGCAAGCGGACAGUUGGGCAGCUUUUGGCCGUUUUAAGAGAGUUUCACUGCCCUGAGCUGAGGAAUAUUAAACAUGACUGUGGCCAAUGCAAAGUCUGGCAAAGCAAUGCAGCAAGUACUGGACAACCUGAAAGACCUGCCAUCAGACUCAGGAGCCAAAGAUAUUGACCUCAUCUUCCUCAGAGGCAUCAUGGAGAGCCCCAUCAUUCGCUCCCUCGCAAAGGCCCAUGAGCGUCUCGAAGAAGUUAAGUUAAAAGCUGUGCAGGAUAAUAAUGUUAAACUGGUCACGGAGAUCCUGGAUUCCCUCAACAACCUGCCAGAAAAAGAUGCUGCCGCAGCUGAGCUUAUCAAAAUCCUUCAGGAGCCGCACUUUAAGUCUUUGGUAGAGGCUCAUGACAAAGUGGCUGCAAAGUGCUAUGAAAUGCCCCACGCUGCAGUGAACAGCAAUGCCUUGUUGACGAGUUCACUCAUGCCAGCUGAUGCUGUAAGGAUGAUUGGCAUCCAGAAAAAAGCCGGAGAACCACUGGGGGUGACGUUCCGUGUGGAGCAGGGAGAGAUGGUGAUCGCACGGAUACUGCACGGCAGCUCGAUUGACAGGCAGGGCAUGCUGCACGUAGGGGACAUAAUUUGCGAGGUGAACGGUCGUGAGGUCAGUCGGAACCCCCAUGAACUCCAGGAGCUGUUGGGGGACUGCAGUGGGAGCAUCUCACUUAAGGUCUUGCCCAGCUACAGAGGCACACCGGCUCCUCCACAGGUUUAUCUGAAGCCACACUUCAACUAUAAUCCGGCCACAGACAACUUGAUCCCCUGUAAAGAGGCUGGGCUGGCCUUUUCCAAAGGAGACAUCCUUCAUGUAGUCAACAAGGAGGACCCCAACUGGUGGCAGGCACGCAAAGUUGUUGGUGGAGCCACUGGUCUCAUCCCCAGUCAGUUUUUGGAGGAGAAGAGGAAAGCUUUUGUGAGAAGAGACUGGGAUACUUCUGGGACAGGGAUGCUCUGUGGUACUGCGAAGAAAAAGAAGAAAAAAAUGAUGUACCUCACUUCGAAGAAUGCAGAAUUUGACCGUUAUGAGCUGCAGAUCUAUGAGGAAGUAGCCAAGAUGCCGCCGUUUCAGAGGAAAACGCUGGUUCUGAUUGGAGCCCAGGGAGUUGGGAGGCGGAGCCUGAAGAACAGACUUAUUGUCAUGAACCCACUGCGAUAUGGAACCACUGUACCCUUCACGUCACGCCGUCCGAGGGAAGAGGAGAGAGACGGCCAGAACUACUGCUUUGUGACACGGGAAGAGAUGGAGAGGGACGUCAAGGCCAGCCGUUACCUGGAGCAUGGCGAGUACGAUGGCAACCUUUAUGGCACCAAUAUCAACUCUAUCCAUGAAGUGGUGAAUGCGGGCCGUACCUGCAUCCUGGAUGUCAACCCUCAGGCCCUAAAAGUGUUGAGGACUGCUGAGUUUAUGCCAUUUGUGGUGUUUAUUGCUGCUCCUGAACUGGACACACUACGAGCUAUGCACAAAGCUGUUAUAGAUGCUGGACUUACUACCAAACUCCUCACGGAGAACGACUUGAAGAAGACUGUGGACGAGAGUGCCAGGAUCCGACGGGCAUACAGCCACUACUUUGACCUGACUAUUGUUAACGACAAUCUGGACAAGGCCUUUGACCAACUGCAGGAGGUGGUGGAGCGAUUGUUCAUAGAGCCGCAGUGGGUUCCAGUCAGCUGGGUCUACUGAUAUUUUACACCCUACAGGACAGACGUGGCUGUCCAAGCUGUGACGAAAGGGGACACCUGAAGGGACGUAGGAUUCAACACUGUACUGCACACAUGGACAGUGUUGGACAUCAGACCUGUGGGAAAAUGGGUCCAGCACAAAGCUGCAUCAGAGUCACCUUGAUCUGAAUUGCCAGAUUCUUUUUGUAGCACACUAUGCAACUCACAACACAUGAAGUGUACUUAUUUAUUGGUAAAAUACUUUUUAAAGAAUCUUUUCUAUUCCUGCGGAUUGAAAGAAAAUACUGGCCAUGUGUCAGGGUGUUUUAAAGGAAAUGCAAUUUUUGUCAUGUCCUGUUUUAAUUUUACAUCUGUAUGUAAGAUGUAAGUAUUUAUUCUGCAAGAAAAGGAUACCUCAGUGUUACAGUUUACAGUGCAUAUGCCUUCAGUACUUCAUCUCAUUUUGGGACUACAAACAUUCAUGUAGAACAGUGUCAUUUUUGAGACCUUUUUCCUCCUCAAGGCGACAUUUAUGCUCUGUUUUUGCAGUUUAAUCUCAUACAUAGAAAAUGUCAUGCCAGUCACUGUUUUAUGUUGUACAGAAGAAAAAAGUAUUUCUGUAGUGUUUAGCCAUUAUUUCUCUUUCACUUAAGCACAACAGAUUACAUGAAUUAUGUUUGUCGGGCAUCAUUAUUUCUAAUUAAGACUGUUAGACACGCUGCGAUGGUGCUGUCUUUGUGUUUGCUUGAAAGAAAAACUUUCCAUAGGACUCUUGAACAGGGUAUUGCAUCUCAGAGAAUGAUCCCUUUAGAUGUGAUAUUACUAAAACUUAACAGUUUAAAAUAAAGCUCAUAUUUACUUA